GGUGUCUGUGUGUGUGAAUGUGUGUCUGUACGUGUGUCUGUGUGGGUGGUGUGGGCUGCUGUCCCUGAGGGCCGCAUCGCCACCUGCUUUUAGGUUCCUAACUGGAUUUACAUGCGUCCUCUUUGGGGAGUGUUGGUGUCAGCCAGAGGUCUCGGUCCCCUGAAGCAGAACGUACAUUUGUUGUUAAACCGGGCCUGCUUCACCAUUAUAUAUCUUUUACUUUGUUUGGCUUCACGAAGUGUAUCGGGAAGUUACAAAGAAGUUAGGAGAGAAUGAAGUGUGUUUGCUUUGAGGAGCCAUAAUGCCUGAUGUUGAUUUCUGUGUAACUGGGGAGUGAAGGUUCCAUUUCUGAUGGACCAGUGGGAUUUAAGAAUCUCUCUCCUAAGAAAAUUUGCUGCUUCUACAGCUUUGCAUCUUAGUGUGCACUUGAUGAUUUCACUUGAAAUACUUAUCCGAAGAAAUAAAGAGUAGGCGAGGUAUAAUUACCUUUUAAAAAUGUUAAAAGUUCAGCAUUGUGUAACAGCUGUCAAGAUACCCAAGAAAAAGCCAUAUAUUUGUGAUAUGUGCUAUAAACAGUUUGAAACUCCAUCAAAAUUAGCUAGGCAUUAUCUCAUACACACUGGUCAAAAGCCAUUUGAAUGUCAUGUAUGCAAUAAAACAUUUAGGCAACUAGUCCACCUGGAGAGGCAUCAGUUAACCCAUAAUCUGCCUUUUAAGUGCAUUGUUUGUUAUAGAAACUUCAAAAAUGUAAUCACUUUCUUAAAGCAUCAGCAGCUUCAUAACGAAAAUUAUGAGAAUGAUACAAAGCAAGCACAAAGCUGUGUGAAUUCUGAGCAAGACAGAGUCGCUUGUGGCAUAUUUCACUGUUCUGUGUGCUGGAAACCCUUUGCAACUGAAGAGAGGUGGAUGCUGCAUCAGUGUCUCAAGUCAGAUCAUCUACAUGGUGCCAGAAGGAGGAAGAAAACUCACACUUGUGAAUCAUGUAACAAGACGUUUCCAUCAAGAUCCAAGCUAGAAAGACACUUCCUUAUUCACACUGGCCAGAAACCUUUUAAGUGUUCUUCAUGUGGCAAAUCUUUCAGACAGUCAACACACUUGAAAAUCCAUCAGCUCACACACACAGAAGAAAGGCCUUUUCAGUGCUGUUUUUGUCAGAAGGGAUUUAAAGUACAGAGCAAACUCAUGAAGCAUAAACAGCUCCAUGCCAGAAAUAAGACUUUCCCCAAUAUUGUAUGCAAAGCAAAGACUCUUAAAUAUCCCAGACCACACAGUGUGUUGGAAGGAAAAUGGGAUAGUUUUGAGAAUGCUGAUACACAGGAGGAUGACCCACGUGAUGUGCACUCAAUUUAUAUUGUACCCUUUCAGUGCCCAUCAUGUGAGCAGUGUUUUGAAACAGAGCAUGUUCUAAACUUGCACAAAUGUUGCUAUUCAAAAGACAGCAGAAGUUCAAAUAAUGGUACAACAGCAGGCAGACACUCAGUCAGCAGGAAAAAUAAGACCCUGAUGAAAGUGAAACAUACUGGAGGAAAGGCAACAGAUUUUUCUCUGGUUGACAGAAAAAAAAUUAAAUCAGGUCACGUUGGAAGUCCUGACCUGGUUGCAGCUAGAGAUCAGCGUUGUGAUCAGCAUGCGUCCGCUAAACCUUCCAAGGACUGCCAGAGCAGGCGUGACGUGCACAGGUCAGUUUGUAAUCGGAUGAAAAGAACGUUUGCUGUGCCAUUACCUUGGCAAGAGCACCCACAAGCUCCCGACUUGGGCAGUAAUUUAAAAGGUGUGCUUCCUAGUGAAAGCAUGUUAAAUAUCGAUAAUUCAUUGGAUAAUAAAGAUGAUGCUUUUUAUGGUUCAUCAAAUGAUAGUUUUUUUGAUAAUCCAGAAGUACUUCACUGUGCUUUUUCAUCUUCUGCUAAAAAUAUACAUAACAGACACAAAGUGUGUAAAUGUGACAGAUGUGAAAAAAUUUUUCCAUCUUCAUCCAAACUUCAAAGACAUUAUCUUAUACACACGGGACAAAAGCCCUUUGGCUGUAAUGUUUGUGGGAAGACAUUUAGACAGUCAGCUCACUUAAAAAGACAUCAGCUCACCCAUACUGAAAAGAGAGCCUGUAAAAGCCCCGUUUGCCAGGUAGAAUUUGAAAACCUGAACAAACUUUUCAAUCAUCGGGGAGAUCACACUGAAUUUAAGUCUGCUCAGCCUGUGGGUUAUUCAGGUUAUUCUCAAACACCUUCACAGCCAUCUGGCUUUCAAGAAUUUGAGCUGAUUCAGUCAAACCAAGCAGCUGAAAUCAAAGUUGAAAUCGAGUCAGGGGAUUUUGUUCUUGACACCAGCAGUAGAAACCCACAGCCGUAUUUGUGCAGUAAAUUGUUGGAAACAGAGCAAAGCCGUUACAGCUAUUGGCAUGAUUUUUCUGAAGGUACUGGAAAAAUUGAAGCUGUUAACAAAUUAUAUCAAUGCAGUAUCUGCUUUAAAACUUUUAAAUCUCCUUCUAAGCUUGAAAGACAUCACCUAAUGCAUGCUGGACAGAAGCCAUUUGAAUGUUUAGUUUGUGGAAAAAAAUUCAGACAGGCCCCACAUUUGAAAAGACACCACCUUAUUCACUUUAAAGAGAGCUUAAAGCUUAGUUCCACUGAGGAACAAGCAGAGAAUGUAUUAGUUUUAUCAAAACGGGAUAAUGCUCGAUGAAAUAAUUUUUAAAUUUUUGGUUGCAUAAUUAUAAAAGAUUUAUAUUAGGCCAAACAAUUAACUGAAGGGGAUUAUAUUUUCUAUUACAGAGAUGACCUGGUGAAGUUAAUUUACUGUCUUCAGAACUGUCUACUUGAUAUAAUUUGUGAGAUAUUCAUGUUGAGAUGUUUUUUAAAAAUGCAACAAACCUACACACACUCUUUGCAUUCUCUUCGGCUAAAUUAAUUUAUAAGUACACAUUCGUAUUGUAUCAAUAGUGUUGCAGGAAUUUGCAGUGUUCCAUGAAUAAGAUAAUUAUCACCGAACAUAAAAUACUAUAUGCGAAGGCCUAACACUUCUAAACUAUCAGAAAAAUAAAGAGAAAAAGUAAGUUUUGAGAAUAUGAAAAAAAGGGUACUUUAGUUUCUUCUGGCUCCCCGUAUGUUCCAAGCAAAGGUUUCUUGCUGUAUUUAUCCGAUACUUAAAAAAAAAAAAAGGUUAUUUUUAGAUAGAAGAGAGUAGAAAAAGGGGAGAAAGUUCAAUGAGAAGAAUGUUGAUGUGUUACAGAACAUUCUGUUUUCUAUAGGAUAGAAAAAAACAACUGCUUUUUUAUUUACACGUAAUGGACUUGGAGAGUUACAUGAGGAAUUAGAUCAUUUCCCUUUUUAUAUAAAAUACAAGGAGACAAUAUAUUAGACAAUAUAUUAGAAUUUAUAAUCAAUUUAUCCAUUUCACCACUUCAUUAACUCCACUUCCUUGUAAACCCCUUGCCUUACGUAGUAUUUUUGGCCAAUUUAUACUUUACUGAACUAUUUUUCUAUAAAAAAAGAAGACAAGAAAUUAUCAUUAAGGUUACAAAUGGGCUUCCUCUCUGCUCAGUCUCCUUUCUUUCUAGCAUACAUAGGGAAGCAGUAAAAGAAAUGUUCUCUAAGAUGUGAUAAUAACUCAGAUGAGCAGUUUUGUCAGGAAGUUCUGUUCUCAUUACAUUAUAAGAGACUGAAAAUUACUUUUAGCCGAAAUUAAGUAAUUCUGAUUUUGUAUUAAUAGAAUCUGUAGUUACACUUUCUAGUAAGUACAUGGUUUUGUCCAUUGUGCCAGUGGGGCUGGUAAGAAAUGCAAGUGCAGUGGAGCUUCAUAGAUAGUGAACGAGAAUGAAGUUUGUUUCUUUUUGUCCUCUGAAAAUACUACCUUUUAGGAUACUUUCUUUGUUAUGCAACUUUUGAAUAGUUGAAUCCUGAAGUUCUUAUUCAUGUUCCUAAAUUAUCUGUAAGAUAUCUGUAAGAUACAUGACAUUGUUUUUAGUAUUUAAAUAUUUAUUUAAGUAAAAUGUUUUUUGUUUUUUGUUUUUUUUAUUUUUGAAAUGGCAUGAACUUUGUGGUUCUUGGUGAAUAUGAAGGGUAAAAUGAGUUUGUUUUCAUACAUGUUACUCCAUUUUCAGCAACAAUAAAACCAGGAAAAAUACUCGAGAACAGUUUGUAGUUACUUUGCUUUUUGUAUGACAAACAAAUUCAGUAUAUUAAUGAUGAUUAUAGUUAUAUAUUGAGAUUUUUUUCUCCCUAUGUGAAUUGUUUCAUAUUGAAAGACAAAAUGCUGUAUAAAAUGUUUUGAAAGCAUAUUG